AUGGAUGAAGUACGAAUUAAAAAAUAUACGAACUUAAUAAGUUCGUUUGAAAAAAAAAGUCAAGUUGAUUUAAAUUCGAAAAAAGGGAAUACAGAAGAUAAAAAUAAUUUAUUAGAAAUGAUAGAAUAUUUUUCAAAUAUUUUGAUAAAAUAUUUUUAUAAUGAAAAAGAAAUGGAUGAAAUCUUAAUUUCCAACUCUGAUUUGGAUUAUGAACAAUUAUGGUAUUUUAUUGAAUGUUUGAUAAAGGAAAAAAAGCUAGAAAAUUUAUCAGCUUUUUUUAAUAAUUUUGAAAAAAAUAUAGAUAAAGAAAUUGAAGAAAAAAGUCAAAAAAAAAAAAAAAAAAAAAAAAAAAAAAAAAAAAAAGUUACAUUUUUAGAUCACCAAAUUGAUCAAGAUAAAAAUACAAAACGACGAAAAGUUACCAAAUCAAAAUUGUCAAAAGAAACUGAAUCGGAACAAGAUAAUGAAGGAACAAUAGAAAAAGACAAAUUUUUUAAUUAUGAAGAAAUGCAAAAAUUUGCUGAUAUGCAAGAUAAUCAAAUUAUAGAAAAUUCGGAUGAUGAAGAAAGCGAAAACUUCUCUGAUGAUUUGAAUUUAAAUCAAUUCGAAUUGGAUCAUAAUCAGGCAGGUGCAAUCAAAUAUUCUGAUUUUUACAAGGGGGAAGAUGAUGAGGAGGAAGAUGAGGAAGAUGAGGGGGAAGAAGAUGAGGAGGAAGAAGAUGAGGAAGAUGAGGAGGAAGAGGACGAUGUAGAAGAUGAGGAGGAAGAUGAGGAGGAAGAGGACGAUGUAGAAGAUGAGGAAGAGGAAGAGGAAGGUGGUGAGGACAUGGAAAUGCAUGCGAAGGCACAGAAUAAAAGUGAGAAGUCAAAGAAACUGAGGGAAGAGGCAGACAAAAAGCUAGAAAGAGACCUCGCCGAAAUGAAUGAAUAUACUAGUAAAUAUUUUGAUACAGAAACAAAUGAAUUUGAGAAAGAAAAGAUUGAAAAAGAAGAAAUCGAAAAAGAAUUAAUUGCGAAAAAACAUUGGUCAAUGAUAGGAGAAGUAACGGGAAAAGAUCGUCCAAAAAAUAGUAUACUUGCGUUAAAUGUAGAUAUACCUAAAAUAAAUACACAUAAAAAUGAUACAUUUUUGAAUAAAACUGUAGGUAAAAAUUUUGAAAGUGAUGAAGAUAAUGAUGAAUUAAAUAAUAAAGAUCGAAAUUUAAUAGAUAAAAAAAAUAUUUUAAAUGAAGAAAUUGAACUAGUAGUAAAACAAAGAAUUAAAAAUUUUCUUUUUGAUGAUGUUGAAAAAAAAAAAAUAGAAGAUUUAGAAAUAUUAGAUAAUGAAAAUAACAAUAAUGAUAAUGAAGUAAAUUUUAAUAAUUUAAAUUUUUCCAAAAGUAAAUUAAGUUUAGUUGAUGAAUAUACGAAAAAAUAUGAAAAUGAAAUAAAUAAUAAUAUGAACGGUUCAUCAAAAAAUAAAGAAAUGAAUUUACAAAAAAUCGAAUUAAUGAAUUUAUUUAAAAAAAUUAUGCAUUCAUUAGAUUCUUUAUCCAAUUCUUAUUUUAUACCAAAACCUGUUUUAUUAAAUGGCCCUAAUGACAAAAUAGCUACUUUACAUAUUGAAGAAAAUACUCCAAUUAUUUUAUCAGAAAAAAAUAAAAAAGCACCAGAAGAAAAUUAUGCACCUGGUCAUGUAAAAAUGUCUAAUGAAAUGUCUAAGCAAGAAAGAAAAUCUUUGAGAAAAUUAAAAAAAAUGAAAAGAAAAAAAAAAAUAUUAAGCCAAUUCAAGCAAACCCAAGGUAGUAGUACUGGUGGAAUUGCUGAACUUCAAAAAAGAAAUAAUUAUCUCAUGGAUAAAAAUAAAAAAAGUAAAGAAGAAAAAAUAAAUAGAGCUAAAUAUGGUGUAUCAUCAAAAGAUCAAUUAUUACAAAAAAAAGUCAAAAAUAAAUAUGAUUACAAUCAGGGUAUAAAUAAUGCCAUGGCUUAUGAUGCUGAAAAAAAAAAGUGA